GAGAGGCCUCGGCUGCCCGGCGCGGGUGCCUUGGCACGUCCGCAGUCUCCUCGGCUAGGUGGCCGCCACUGAGAGGCGGGAGAGCCGAGGGCGGGCCUGGGAGGUGGCUGGGAGGUGGGGCGCGGGCGGGGCCGGCCCGCGCGGGCUUCAUCUGAGGACGCACGGCCUGCUCCGGAACCCUGGGUUCUCUUCUCCGAGGUGCGCGGCAACGAACUGCUAGAGCGGCUAUGGGCCGCCGCUGGGGUUUCCUGAUCGGCCUCCUGGGCGCAGUGUGCCUGCUCCGCUCAGGCCACGGCGGGCAGCAGCCCCCGGAGACGGCGGCGCAGAGGUGCUUCUGCCAGGUUAGUGGUUACUUGGAUGAUUGUACCUGUGAUGUUGAAACCAUUGAUAAAUUUAAUAACUACAGGCUUUUCCCAAGACUACAAAAACUUCUUGAAAGCGACUACUUUAGAUAUUACAAGGUAAACCUGAAGAGGCCGUGUCCUUUCUGGAAUGAUAUCAGCCAGUGCGGAAGAAGAGACUGUGCUGUCAGGCCCUGUCAAUCUGAUGAAGUUCCUGAUGGGAUUAAAUCUGCAAGCUACAAGUAUUCUGAAGAAGCCAAUAAUCUCAUCGAAGAAUGUGAGCAAGCUGAACGACUUGGAGCAGUGGAUGAAUCCCUGAGUGAGGAAACGCAGAAGGCUGUUCUUCAGUGGACCAAACAUGAUGAUUCCUCAGACAACUUCUGUGAAGCUGAUGAUAUACAGUCUCCUGAUGCUGAGUAUGUAGAUUUGCUCCUUAAUCCUGAGCGCUACACGGGUUACAAGGGACCGGAUGCUUGGAAGAUAUGGAAUGUCAUCUAUGAAGAAAACUGUUUUAAGCCACAGACGAUUAAAAGGCCUUUAAAUCCUUUGGCUUCUAGUCAAGGGAAAAGUGAAGAGAACACUUUUUACAGUUGGCUAGAAGGUCUUUGUGUAGAAAAAAGAGCAUUCUACAGACUUAUAUCCGGUCUACAUGCAAGCAUUAAUGUGCACUUGAGUGCUCGAUAUCUUCUACAAGAUACCUGGUUAGAAAAGAUAUGGGGACACAAUAUUACGGAAUUUCAGCAGCGGUUUGAUGGAAUUUUGACUGAAGGAGAAGGUCCAAGAAGGCUUAAGAACUUAUAUUUUCUCUACUUAAUAGAAUUAAGGGCUUUAUCUAAAGUGGUACCAUUCUUUGAGCGCCCGGAUUUUCAGCUCUUCACUGGGAAUAAAGUUCAGGAUGAAGAAAACAAAAUGUUACUUCUGGAAAUACUUCAUGAAAUCAAGUCAUUUCCUUUGCAUUUUGAUGAAAAUUCAUUCUUUGCUGGGGAUAAAAAAGAAGCAAACAAACUAAAGGAGGAAUUUCGACUGCAUUUUAGAAAUAUUUCAAGAAUCAUGGAUUGUGUUGGUUGUUUUAAAUGUAGACUGUGGGGAAAGCUUCAGACUCAGGGUUUGGGUACUGCUCUGAAGAUCUUGUUUUCUGAGAAACUGAUAGCGAAUAUGCCGGAAAGUGGGCCCAGUUAUGAAUUCCAUCUAACCAGACAAGAAAUAGUAUCAUUAUUUAAUGCAUUUGGAAGAAUUUCUACAAGUGUGAAAGAAUUAGAAAACUUCAGGAACUUGUUACAAAAUAUUCAUUAAAGAAAAUGAGUUGAAAUAUGCCUGUUUCUGGACAAUGGAGGUCAAAGAGUAAAAUUUUGUUCAAAGAGAUAAUAACAGUCUUAAGGCAAAUAUUUUACAAAGCUGCUUUUGUAAAAGGAGACAUACUGUUUUAAGUAAAUAUUUUUAAUUGUGUCAAGUCUAUGUAUAAUAUUGUGAGUAAAAGUUAUACUUUGGUAAUGUGGUACAAAUUUUGAAGUUUAAUAUUGAAUAAAAUCAGGACUAUUAAAUUCAUAUAUGGUAAAAGUAAGUACAUGAUGUUUUAAGUCUCUCAAACUAGCAUUUUAUGUAAGAUGUAAUAUAAAUAAAACUAUGGCCAUUGUGACAAGUGUUUAAUAGAAAAAUGCUAAGGAGGCUCAUGAAUAACCCAUAAUUAACAGCCUAAAAUUUUUCAAUGCAUUUAGAGUAACUGAUAUAGUAAAUAAAAAUACAGAAUGACCAGUUAAAUUUGAAUUUCAGAUAAACAGCUUUUAAUAUAAGUAUGUUGCAUGCAAUAUUUGAAAAAUACUUAUACCAAAAAACUCUUUCUUAUUACAACUCAAAUUUAACUGGUAGUCCUGUGUCUUAUCUGGCAACCCUAAAAUACUUUGGUAUGAAGAAAAAUCACUUUUAGAAUUACUAUUUUGAUUGGCUUGUUUUGGUUUGUAGAAUACAGUGACAAUUGAAAGGCACAGGGGAUUUCUAUACAUUGUGAAAAUUGAAUAGAUUUAUAUAUUUAUUCUCAUAAUAUUUUACCUAAUACUGAGUAAAAUUUGGGAGAGAUUUUUUAUUUUUAUAUGAUUUCAAAUUUACAAAAAAGUUUUCAGGAUAGUAUAAAGAACUCUUUCACCCAGAUUCAGUGAUUCUUCAUAUUUGCUUAAUCAUGACCUUUGAACCUUCCAUACUUUAGUGUGUAAUACUGAAUAAUUUAUUUAAAAUAUUUUUUUCAGAAAAAAUCUGGAACUAUAAUAAGGAAUUAUUUUGAAUUUUAAUCUAAUAUUUUUUUGAGUUUUGUUGCCCUUUUAAUGUUUGAUCUGUAAACUCAGUGUAUAUAAUUUUUUGGUUUUUGUGUUCAUUUCCUUUUUCUCCUUAAAACUAAACUGUAAUUUUGGGAGGUUUCAUUAGUGGAAGCUCUUCAAUGAUAAAAAUAUUUGAAGGGGUUUAGGAAUUUAUAUCACAUGAUAAUUGUAGGGGAAAAACUGUAUACCUCAAAAUUAUGUGCCUCUUUAUAUGUCUUAGCAGGUUAUGUUGAGAUGUCACAUUAUUAAUAAAACAGGGUUUAUUUAUAUAAUGGUUUAGAAAUGCCAUUUUACACUGCUGUAUACUUUUUCUUUUCUGUGUCCCUAAGGCCUGGGAUAGUGCCAAGCACAUAGUGGAUAUCCAAUAAAUAGUUGUUGGAUGAAUGUAUGAAUGUGCAUUUAGUAUAUUUUAAAUGAAUAAUCACAGAGCUAAGUAUAACAAUAUGUGUUGUAUUUUCCUUUCCCCCUCAUUUGAAUAGGGCAGGAAAAGAAAGACUUUAACUUACUAGUUAAGUCAAUAUUGGAGUUCUUGGAGACUCAAAGGACUAUGAAAUAAACACCAUAUAUAAAAGUUUAUGGAUUUAAAUGGUAGUUUGUCUGUAUACCUCUCUCAUGCCUCUACCCCUUUUUUUCAACAGUCAGCUUUUUUUUGAAAAAAUAAUCUUAUCUUCACUUUAUCACCUCCCACUUACCUCUUACCUAAAAUCUGGCUUUUGAUUCUGUAGUAGCUGUUAACAAUCUCUUCCUUUGAAGUCUAAAACCCCAGUUAUAAAUCUACAGUUCAGUUCAUGAGGCAAUUCUUACUUGACUUUUCUGCAUUUGACACUGUUGACAGUUCUUUCUUUAAAAAUCUUUUUUUUAAACCCUUGAUUUCCUUGUAUUUCUUCACUUAAUCCUGGAUGCCUCCUUUUUAGCUUUUCAUUUAUGCCUUAAGUGUUAUUCCUCAGGCUUUCAUUCUUGCUCCCUUAAUCACCACCACUUCUCACUUUUGGGUAAUUCCAAUUCAGUAAUUUCUAAGUCCUUAUCUUUAGCCCAGACUUCUCCAUUCAUCUGUCUACCACAAACCUUUACUUGGUUGUCCUCCAAGAUACCCGUGUGUGUUUCUUAAAAGAACCAUUCUCCCCCCAAAUCUACUCUUAUGCCUAUGUUCCUUACUCUGGUUAAAUUCAGAACCAUUGUCAUCCAAAUUCUCUAGGCUCACUCCUCUCCUUCCUCUUCCUCUGAUCCAAUCAAUGUCUAAGAGCUAUGGAUUUGAUUCCAUAUCUCGGCUACAUCAGUGUCUUCCCAUAUUCAUUGUUCUUAAGAACUACCCUAACCUGCCUGCUUAUAUCCAGCCUGUCUCCUCUGUUUUGCUCCACAACACUACCAGAGUGGGUUUUCUAGAAGCACUCUAACAAAGCUCUCUGAUGUAGUCUCCCAAUCCCACUUCCCCCAACCCCCGUGUUCUGAGAAAAUGGACUUAGAGUUCUUCCAAUGUACCUUGGUCAGUCCCCCACACCCUGGUGCAUGCUGUACACUUUGCAUCAAGUGCCCUAGCUAUCCUUCCCCACCUGGAAAAUUUCUAUGUAUCUUCGCAGGCUUAGCAAAAGCAUCAUCUCUGUGAAAUCUCCCUUGUUGCAACCAAGGAGGGCCACAACUAACUUUCUUUUUUUGUGUUACCACUGUAAUUACAACCUACCUCUAUUGUGUCACUUAUUGUACUGUAUUGUUUUUGUUUUUUUAAGCCUCCUUUACUAGAAUGUGAGCUCCUCAAGGGCAGGAAAAGGAACUUUAUCCAUUUUUGCACUUCCACAGCAUAGUUUUCUGCAUAUGAACACUUAAUAAAUGUUUGUUGAAUAAAUUGCUUUUAAAACUUU